GGUUCGCCCAAUCAGUCAGUAAAAGAGUAUAUUUGGUACGGAUGGCCAACGUUUUGCAGUUUCUGCCCAUCAAAGCUGCUCUGUCCACCAAGAUAAGCAUUUCCUCGAGGAGGAUGAUGUCUUUGCAGACAGAUGCCAAACAAAUAUUUUGGAAAGCAGUUUCUGCUGUUCUGCCACCCAACAUGUUAGGGCGAAAUGUAGCAGUGAAGGAUAAUGGUGAUGCCUCUGUUCUGCAGUGUGGGGGCAAAGAGUUGCCUUUGCACAACAACCUCUACUUGGUAGGAUUUGGAAAAGCCGUACUUGGAAUGGCAGCAGCAGUGGAGAAAAUAGUUGGAAAGCAUCUGCUUCGGGGGGUAAUUAGUAUACCGAGAGGGAUGGAAGAGACUCUUAAACAAGCUGGAAAGAGGGAAAUGCUCCUGUCUCCAGACUCACGGAUCCGGGUGAUGGAAGGUGCAGAACACAACAUGCCAGACAAAGCAGCACUGGAGGCAGCUAGAGAAAUACAGAGCCUUGCAGAGAAACUGACAGAGCAAGAUAUACUGCUUGUGCUGAUCUCAGGUGGAUGAAAGACAACUAUAAACAAUACAACUAUAUUAUACUAUAUUGUAUAAAGGAUAUCAUAAUGUGACAGCUAGCAAGCAAAGGGUGUCAGAAAGCUAUCACUUGGCAUAUAUGGAAAAGAAAAGAAUAAAACUGAAGCAGUUCAGUAGAUGUGGGAUUUCUUACAAAAAAUAUGUGUACCAGAUUGCACCGUGCAGAAGCCAUAGCAACCAAUCAAUUCAUGGAAUAAAAAUACUUACUGGUUGCCAUCGAUACUGUUAAGCAUGUGCAUCUAAUUUUAUGUUUCUUGAACUGUUUCUAAAUGCUGUGACCUAUUUAUAUUCUUUUGUCUCUCUUCCUCUUAGGGGGAGGCUCAGCACUUUUGCCUGCACCAGUUCCUCCUCUUUCCUUACAGGAUAAGCAAAUGAUAACAAAACAGCUGGCUAUGAAGGGAGCGACCAUACAUGAAUUAAACACUCUGCGUAGGGCUCUGUCACACCUAAAAGGUGGAGGGCUUGCCAACAUAGCAUACCCGGCUCAGGUGCUCAGCUUGAUUCUGUCUGAUGUGAUAGGAGAUGACCUUGAUAUCAUAGCAAGUGGCCCCACGGUUCACUGCACACACAAUAAGCAAGAAUGCCUACAGAUACUGAGCAACUUCAACCUAACAAAGUCUGUGCCAGUGGCAGUGGAGCGUGCAUUGCUCGCUAUGCCACAGGAACAACUAAGCACAGAUUUCAGCCAUGUUCAUAAUAUUCUCAUUGGUUCCAACCUCAUUGCACUGCAAGAAGCCAAGGAGAAAUCCACUGAACUGGGUUAUCAUACACUACUCAUGUCUACUGCUGUUAAUGGUGAUGUAAAAAAAGUAGGGUACUUUUAUGGAUGCCUUGCUCAGGUCAUUUGCGCCAUACUGACACAUAACCCCAAGGAAGCACUGUGGGAACAAGAGCUUUUAGCUGUGGCCAGUGAUCUUUCUAUUCCUGACUUAAAUAUUGCAGAGAAGUUAGAGGCAUUAAGAGAAUCUAGAAAUGUACAGUCAAUUUGUAUCCUGUGUGGAGGGGAGACAACAGUGCUUGUACAGGGAAAAGGGAAAGGAGGUAGAAACCAGGAACUUGCUCUGAGAGUGGCACAAGAAUGGCACAAGUCUCCCUUUUGUUUAAGUGACUGUGAGGUUUUGUUUUUAAGUGGUGGCACAGAUGGGCAAGAUGGACCCACAGAAGCAGCUGGAGCUUAUGCUUACCCAGCACUGGUGAGGCAUGCUCAGGAGAGCGGACUCGAUGCUGAAAGCUUUUUAACAUGCAGUGAUUCUCACACUUUCUUUUCUCAGUUUCAAGAUGGCACAUAUCUUCUCAAUACUGGUUUGACUGGGACAAAUGUUAUGGAUGUGCAAGUGCUUUUGAUAAGGCGAGCAACAGAUGGACAAUGAUAUCAGCCCUGCCUGGAAUACAUAUUUCAAAUAAGAAUCAACAGAAUAUGGAACACAUUGAAUUUUAAAAUUCUGAUGUCUUACUAUGGGCUUCAUCAUAAUUAUUCUGUAAUCAUAUGUAAAUAUACCUUAAUAAACUGUGUAUAGUGUCUUCUAUAAUAAAA